UUUAAAAUGUGUUCUAUAAUAUGCCAUCGAUAUUCUUGUUAGAUAAGAUUAUCGAAAAUCGGAAUAUAUGCUAAGAUAACAACGUUGCGUUCGUAUAGAAGAACCAUUCAAGGCAUGUCCGACGAGUACGCCUGCGUUGCCAAGAGCAAGCUUAAGCUAAAGAACGAUUCGGAUCUCAAGAAGAAAAAGAAGAAGCACAAGGGCAAGGACAAGGAGGAGCUGCAGAAGGCGUUUGUGGAGCAGCAAAUAGCGGAAGCGGGCGCCACAUCUUCCACCACUACCAGUGGGUACGAACGCAAGCUCACCAAAGCCGAGCUGGCCAGUAAGAAGCAGCAGGAGAAGAUGCGCAACAAGCGAAUCAUGGACAAGGCACAAACCACCCACAAGGAGCGCGUGGAGAAGUUCAACGAGCACCUGGACACGCUCACCGAGCACUUUGACAUCCCCAAGGUGUCCUGGACGAAGUGAGGCGACGGCACUCGUAACUUAAAGCAUACAUUUAUUAUAAGGUUAAGUAAUUUCGACUACGUUUCAACCUGGGACGCAGGAAAAGUGAGAGGGGAGGCCAAAAUAAAUAAUCCAGAUGGCACAACUAAACUAAA